UAGGCGAGCCUGGGAUGAGUGACGAGAGGCGGUGGGGGUGUCGGGAGGGAAUCGCCGGGCGAGGCGGGGCUGGCGCCGGGUUUCCCGCGGUCGGAGCUGGCGCGGGCGGAGGAGGAUCGCUCUUAAAGGGCCAGUCCACGCACGUCCUUUUGUUCCGGUGCCGCAGGGCGGGGCAGGCCCAACUUUCGCCGCCUUCUUGUUUACUCUCCAGAACAGCCAUGAUUUCCCAGUUCUUCAUUCUGUCCUCCAAGGGAGACCCUCUCAUCUACAAAGACUUCCGGGGAGACAGUGGCGGCCGGGAUGUGGCCGAGCUCUUCUACCGGAAGCUGAUGGGACUGCCAGGAGACGAGUCCCCGGUUGUCAUGCAUCACGAUGAUCGUCAUUUCAUUCACAUCAGACACAGUGGUCUCUAUUUAGUAGCCACGACUUCAGAAAACAUUUCUCCCUUCAGCCUCCUGGAGCUGCUCUCCCGGUUGGCCACUCUCCUGGGCGAUUACUGUGGCUCCCUGGGUGAGGGGACCAUCUCCCGCAAUGUGGCUCUGGUCUACGAACUCCUGGAUGAAGUGUUGGACUAUGGCUAUGUACAGACCACGUCCACAGAGAUGCUGAGGAACUUCAUCCAGACGGAACCCGUGGUCAGCAAGCCCUUCAGCCUUUUUGACCUCAGCAGUGUUGGCUUGUUUGGAGCCGAGACACAGCAGAGCAAAGUGGCCCCCAGCAGCGCAGCCAGCCGCCCCGUCCUGUCCAGUCGCACUGACCAGAGCCAGAAGAAUGAAGUUUUUUUGGAUGUGGUCGAGAGAUUGUCCGUACUGAUAGCAUCUAAUGGCUCACUCUUGAAGGUGGAUGUGCAGGGAGAGAUCCGGCUCAAGAGCUUCCUUCCCAGCGGCUCUGAGAUUCGCAUAGGCUUGACAGAAGAAUUCUGUGUGGGGAAGUCAGAACUGAGAGGUUAUGGGCCAGGAAUUCGGGUUGAUGAGGUCUCAUUCCACAGCUCCGUGCACCUGGAUGAGUUUGAGUCUCAUCGAAUCCUCCGAUUGCAGCCAGCUCAGGGCGAGCUGACCGUAAUGCGGUACCAACUCUCUGAUGACCUCCCCUCGCCACUCCCGUUCCGGCUCUUUCCCUCUGUGCAGUGGGACCGAGGCUCAGGCCGGCUCCAGGUUUAUCUGAAGUUGCGAUGUGACCUGCCCCCAAAGAGCCAAGCUCUCAAUGUCAGGCUGCACCUUCCCCUGCCUCGAGGAGUGGUCAGCCUAUCCCAGGAGCUGAGCAGCCCAGAGCAGAAGGCAGAGCUGGGAGAGGGAGCCCUUCGCUGGGACCUGCCCCGGGUGCAAGGAGGCUCUCAACUCUCAGGCCUCUUCCAGGUAUCAGCUGUCGAUCCUCCAGCUCCCUCUCCUCUGACCUGCACUUGCAGCCCCUCGCCCUGCCCUCCCCAAGCAGUUGCUGCCUUGUUCCCCAGCGUGGUCAGCCUCCUGCCUUCUGUGCUCUCCCCUACCUCUGCUCCUCACAGAUGGAUGUCCCAGGGCCUCCCAGCCAUGGGCCCUCCACUUCAGCCCCUCCUCUGGGGCUGGGCCCUGCCAGCCUCUCCUUCGAACUUCCUCGGCAUACAUGCUCUGGGCUCCAGGUUCGCUUCCUUAGGCUCACCUUCAGGCCCUGCGGCAACGCCAACCCCCACAAGUGGGUGCGACACCUAAGCCACAGUGAUGCCUACGUAAUUCGGAUCUGAGACUCCCUAUAUGAGGAUGCCAAGGACACCAAGGCAGCGGUUUGUCAAAUGGGAAAAUGACAAUCUUUUCUGGCCUCCUGGCCUGUGGCACUGGGUCUAGGCAGGAAGAGUCCUGAGUCUUGAGUCCUGAGAGAGCAGGGGGGCUCGACAGACGCACCCCUUCGUGGUAUCCAAUGCAGGAAGGAGUGAGGUGGAUCAGAACUUACAAACCAAGCUUUUAUUCUGAGUAACUGGCUGUACAAUAUCUAAAAAAGUGACGUGGAGGAA